AUGGCUUCACCAUCCCAAAGCAGUCCGGCCACGGCUGGUAUGACAAACGCUAUUGGAGGUCCUACUACAAAAGCUUCGUCGGGCAGUGGUUCAGCAUCAGGAGGCACCACAUCCUCAUCGGGUAGCAGUGGGACGGACAGCGCUACCCAGCUGCUAACGAAGCCACGACUGCAGGAGCUGGUUCGUGAAAUAGAUCCUACCGAGCAGUUGGACGAGGAGGUGGAAGAACUAUUACUGCAAAUAGCGGACGACUUUGUCGAAAACACCGUAAAUGCUGCUUGCCUGUUAGCUAAGCAUCGCAAGGUUCCCAAGGUCGAGGUGCGAGAUGUGCAGUUGCAUCUAGAACGCAACUGGAAUAUGUGGAUUCCCGGCUUUGGAACGGACGAGCUAAGACCGUACAAGCGAGCGACCGUAACCGAAGCUCACAAACAACGAUUGGCUCUAAUAAGGAAGGCCAUCAAAAAAUAUUAGCUCAUACA